UCCGGCAAAAAAAGGCUCGGAUCGGAAAGCUUCUUCCUCUGCUUCGACCUCCCGUCGCUCUGGUCAAGCUCAAGGAGGCCGGGGCGAGGAAGAAGUAUCCAUGAAAGAGGUCGCGGCCCAACUAGUUACGGUAGUGGCCCCGUUGAUGGAGUUUGUUCAAAGUUUGCAGCGGCAACGCAUAGCCGCCGCACAACGGCAACAAGCGGUUAUCGCCGCCAGGGCCCCUAUGAUAAGACCGGCCGUGGUCGGGGCUGUCCCGCCCCUACGCUGUUAUAAUUGUAAUCAGCCGGGCCACCUUGCGAAAGAUUGUCCGAAACCUCGAACUCAGAGUGGACCCGCGGGUCCCACCGAACCUUCCCAAAUCCCGCUGGCUGCUCCAACCGCUGCAGGACAGGGGAGGGUAGCCACAGUAAUGGAUACUGGAACGACGGAGAUGGUGACCCCUGCGGCCACCGAGAUAGGACCCGAUGAGUAUAUGGCGGCGGCGAUGUUCGAACCCGGGACCAUCGGAGUGAUACGUCACGUCCAACGGAUUACCGAGGAAAGCGACCUCGGGCCAUGGCGACCAGGGUUUGAAGAUCUUGCGGCACCUGGUCCUGAAUACAAGGAUGGCCAUAUCGACGUAUUGGAUGCCUUGAAGGCUCUGGAUCUACGGAUCCCCGCGAUAUCGGCGGUGCUGACUCAGCAGGGAACGGACGGAAGGGAGCACGUCAUUGAGUAUGCGUGUAAGACGCCGAGCCAGGCGCAGUCUAAUUACGAAGCAUGCAAAGGGGAAUGCCUGGGAGUGGUGUGGGGGAUUGAACAUUUCCGACCGUAUCUUUACGGCCAGAAAUUCGUGCUGUGCGUUAGGUACCGAAGUGAAAAGACAUGGGUCUGUCCCAAUUGUAGAACGGACCAAGUCCCUACCGAGAAGCGGUAUCUGAACGCAAGAACAGCCGACGGAUUUGCGCCCAGUGCUCGCAGGGCAGAAGUCUGUACGGACCUCCUGUUGUUAAGGAGACUGACAGGCGACUCGCUGACAGAACUAACCAAAGCCGAGCGGCGGCGAGUCAUGGAGCGGGCGCACGAUUAUCGCUGGCAGGGAUCGACGUUACAAAAACGAAAAAUUGAGGAUGACGGAGGGCUUAGCUGGUUGACGGUUCCGCACCGUUUAGCUAGAUUCGAAAGGACCCGAGCCGCUCAUGAAGAGGAUGUGGUCCACUUCGCGGUCAAAUACACGAAAAAGGCUAUCGAAAAGAAUGGAUGGUACUGGUCGGGAAUUCGGGAAGAUGUGAAAUACAUCGUCCAGAAUUGCCCGGCCUGCGCGGCGGACAAGGCGCCGGUACAGACGCCUCGGACGAUGGUGCCUACUCGAGUAGAGCGCCCCUUUCAGAGGGUUAGUAUCGACACGACGGAUAUCAACGUUCCGAGAGGUCCCGUCGAUCAGGGAGAGCUCAAUGUUCUUUUAGUGGCCGUCGAUCAUUUUUCGAAAUGGAUCGAGGCGUACCCCAUGACCUGCCGGAAUUCACAGGAGGUAGCCUGGUACAUAAACCGAUUUUUGUGCAUGCAUCUAGACGUAGAAGAGGUACACAUAGACAAUGGGUCGGAAUUUCAAGGCGAAGUAGAACGUCACCUACUCAGGGCGGACGUUAGGAUUAUCUACUCGCCGGGGCAUUGGCCUCAAGCCAAUGGCCUGGUAGAGAAUGCCAACCGAUUGAUUAAGACCGCUCUUAGACGAAAUAUCACUGCGGGAGACACCCGGCCCUGGCCUGUCAUUGUCGACCACAUCUUGGCCGUCUAUAGGGCUACCCCACACGGUAGUACAGGGGUGUCCCCCUUCCAACUGAGAACCAAUAGUGUCCCUCGGGUGCAGUUGUCCCCCUUGGUAGGUACGGAAGUUAGAGCAACACAGGCCCACUACAUGGACUUAAUGGCUAGGGCCUAUCCCCCAUUAGCUCGUCGUCGACAGCGGGCCGUAGAUCGGACGCAUCAACGGCAGAUCCGCGACUACGAGAACCGACAUGCGUCCGCGGGACCACUACCUCGCUAUAAAGUUGGGGACUUGAUGCCGGUACGGAAAUCCGCGCACUCCUCCAAGAUCCACCCACGCUACACAAGCAUUUACGAGGUGACGGAAGUUGGCGCACGAGGCCAGCACUUCGUGAAGCUGGUUCCCAGGCACAACUCGCAAGGCCGCCCGCUGACGAGGCACGCUGCUGCUCUCCGGCCUUUUCGGCCAUCGCUGGAUCUCGUGCGGCCACCUAUCCUGCCCGAAUCAUCUUCUUCGUCCCUCUCUAGCGCUCCUUCGUCCUUGCCUCCUUCUCCCCCUUCUCUCCGAUCGGCGUCGUCGGCAUCCGCGGAAGACCUUCCCUCACAGGAUGAACCAUUGCCAACAGGAGCAUGAACUGCUCGAGCACUUCCAGCCACCCAUCUCGGACGCUCUUCUCCGGAACCGGUUCAACGACGAUCGGCAGCUGCGCUUCGACAUUUAGCAAGU